CAUUGGUGAAUAAAACAACCGGAAACAUCCGGAAUCAACAAAGCAUCAGAAAGACGCAUGUCGCAGCGUAAUAAUCCUACAACGACAAAAAUGGAAUUGGAUUUUAAUAUUAAGAAAUCUGAAUCACAAGAUUUGCUCUCUUUUGCCAACGGCAGAGGUCUCCACGACAAGCUUCUUCUCAAAUCUUCAAAGAUUGGCACCACUUUGCAGACCGAGAGGAUCCCAAGAAGUAGCGUGCUGGAUAGGCUUCAGAGCUUCCUGCCGCAAAUGUCCCAGGCCAAUGAUAAGUUGAAACGGGCGAUGGAGCAGUGUCCUCCUGGCCACUUUGACAUAGAGAGUGUGGAGGAGAGCGAGAAGAUCAUAGAAAUGGAUGUAGCAGUGGUAGAGCUGAGUGGUUCGGAUAAUGAUUCUGAGGAUUCCUCACAGACCGGCGAAUCAGAUUCUGAUGAGGAGAGUGAGUUGACUGAAGAAAGCCUUAAACUGCCCAGCAACAGCCAGAGGAACAGAAAAGUCAACAUCCAAGUGCUGGAGAAUCUGGAGAAUUAGGUCUUUAUGGCCAUUUGGGAACUUUAACUUUAACGUUGAUCAACUGUUGGGAGAUCAGUUCACUCAGUCAACUCCUGGUAUAUGAGCUGGUUACGACUAACUGGACCUGCAGUUGAGAUCAUAUUGAUGGAUCCUACAUUGCAGACCUUAUUUUGGAGUUAUAAUGGAAACACCAAGGAGACUUGCUGGAUUUGGAUUGCAAUUAUAGUGGGAACACAAACAUCAGAAUGUACCAUGAGGACAUACCUUUUUUUAAUGAGACAAAUAUAAUUUAAGCAAAAACGUUAUAAAGUUAUUAUAGUAUUUUAGAAUGAAUUGUGUUGGUGAUUGUGAUGGGACCUAGAAGCAUAUAUGAUCAUGUAUGUGGCCCCUCAGUUAAUCUUGUGAGACUGCUGAACCUAGGAUGUAUUUGAUUAUUUUAGGGGAUACAGAAUUGAGCUGUACUGUAUGUUUCAAAACGACAGGAUAUUUUCUAAUACAAAGUUGCAUAGAUAAUGGGGCAAAGCCAUUUAAGGAAUCCAGAUUUUAUUUUUUAUCAAUCACCUGUGCCUUGUGAAAAUGGAUGAAAGCCUUUAGCAUAAUCUGCAUUACAUUGUGGGUUUUGUAAUUAGACAAAUUCAUGAGUAACUUGAUGAUGCUUGAUCUCUCAACUCCAGUUUUGUUGAAUAUUGUUGUACUUCAUUAUAAAAUUAUUAGAAUCCUGAAUUGUUUGUGUGCUUGGUAUAGUAGUCUAGGAUUAAAUGAUUGAAGAUGAACAAACAUGGAGGUGUAGGCUGGGAAAUAUCCUGUCCCCACCUUCAUCUGACAGUUGCUGGACGGAGUCUUUGCUUGAUGAUCCUCCCACCUCAUUAUGUGACUUACUGUUGCAUUGGUAGUCAUAUGUUGAUAAGCAAGGUUCCAUAUGUGGUCUGAUUAGUUAUUCUUACAUAUAAUAGCUGGGUAUAAAAGGUAAUAUGGAGCAUUGUUCUGGGUUGUGUGUACAUUCAUUUCUCAGCUUGUACUUGCUCUCUGAUUUACAAUCAGGGUACAGCAGGUAAGAUUGAAACCUUCAUUUUGUAACAUGUUCGCCUUGUAAUUGACUUCAUUCAUUUGCAAAGUAUACAUUUAAUUUCUUUACUUUGACCAUUCCUGCUCUGAUCUAACCUAUUGAGUCAAAUAACUGCACUUCCAGCGUAUUUGGUUAAUAAUGUCCAGUUUACCCCUCUUCCAUUAGAGGAGGGGUAAAAGGACGGGCAUCAUUUUUUUGUAGUUUGGCAAAUACAACAACCCGUGCAGAGGUCAUCACCAAGGAAACAAGAGCAACUUUGAAAGAGACGAUAAUUUAUUCACCAAUGCUCAUUUCAAAGUGAACACUGACAGAUAGGUGCUGAGUGUGUGGAACAAGAGUCUCCCUUUUUGUACAGAUUCGCCAAGUGCUUAACAAACAAUGGCACAGAUGAUGGAAACAUAGGAUUUCAUAGCCCUUGGAACCGUGCCUGUGGCCAACUCCUUUUAACAAUACUGUAUUCAUUCUUCUCUGUUAGUUUCUUUUUAAUAUAUUACAAAAAGUAAAACCCCAUAAAACUAGGUUGGUGUGCUUUAAAACAAAUGGUCUGAUAGUAUGACUGAAUACAAUGUCAAAAAAUAUAUAACAGUUCAUUUCCACUUCUGUAAUAAAAUAUUUACAAAUACACGAAAUUUUGAAAAAGAUUUGCAAAUGUAUUCAGCAAAAUAACGGUACCAGCAGCUUUGAUGAAGCGCCAAAACCCAGUUAGCCUGUGUGAGCUACAAUGAAAAGCUGUA